UUGUUUCUCGCGGGUCAUCAGAAGGCGCCCACAAAUCACAAGUCUGAUAACAACAUUAUUUCCAGCUAGCAGUUCCUAACUAUCUUUAAGUUGUGUGAGAGUAAACAUUUAUCACCUUCCUGCACGACUGAAGUAUUUACUACGUAUCUCAGAUCGCCACCAUGCCUUCUGCCUGUGACUCCCCGAUUGAUGACAUAGAGGACAUGGUGUCAAGUGGGGACCCGACCCCCCAUGAAAGGCAGUACUCCAGGAAGACGGUUGUCCCCAGGGCCCGGAAAAGGAACACACAACAAACUACGGAGGUGCUCCAAGCGGACAGUGUUAUCCCUGGAAUGCAGAAGAUCUGGAUGAGGACGUGGGGCUGUUCCCACAACAACUCGGACGGAGAGUACAUGGCCGGACAACUAGCAGCCAGCGGAUACAUAAUGACCGAGGACCCGACAGAGGCUGAUCUGUGGCUGCUAAACAGCUGCACAGUGAAAAACCCAGCCGAAGAUCACUUCAGAAACUCCAUCAAGAAAGCCCAGGAACAGGACAAGAAGGUGGUGCUAGCUGGAUGUGUUCCCCAGGCCCAGCCCAGGAUGGACUACCUCAAAGGACUCAGCAUCAUUGGGGUUCAACAGAUUGAUCGUGUGGUGGAAGUGGUGGACGAAGCUGUGAAAGGUCACUCUGUGCGUCUGCUGGGUCAGAAGAAAGACAAUGGGAAGCGACUGGGCGGAGCCAGACUUGACCUGCCGAAGAUCAGGAAGAAUCCUCUGAUCGAAAUCAUCUCCAUCAAUACAGGUUGUCUGAAUGCGUGUACGUACUGUAAAACCAAGCAUGCCAGAGGUGACCUGGCCAGCUACCCAGUAGAAGAGCUUGUGGAGAGAGCCAGGCAGUCCUUUAACGAGGGAGUUUGUGAGAUCUGGCUGACCAGUGAAGACACAGGGGCGUACGGUAAAGACAUUGGGACAGACCUGCCUACCUUGCUGUGGAAGCUGGUGGAAGUGAUCCCAGAAGGAGCCAUGCUGCGCCUGGGCAUGACCAACCCUCCCUACAUUUUGGAGCACCUAGAGGAAAUGGCGAGGAUCCUCAACCACCCUCGAGUCUAUGGUUUCCUCCACAUCCCGGUCCAGUCGGGCUCCGACAGCGUUCUGAUGGACAUGAAGAGGGAGUACUGCGCUGAGGACUUCAGACACGUCGUCCAGUUCCUGAAAGACAGGGUCCCUGGUAUCACCAUCGCGACGGACAUCAUCUGUGGCUUUCCCGGGGAGACGGAUGCUGACUUCCAGGAAACGUGUGAUCUGGUCCGGGAGUAUCGUUUUCCCAGUCUGUUCAUCAACCAGUUCUACCCUCGCCCCGGUACCCCAGCCGCCAAGAUGGACCAGGUCCCUGCCCAAGUGAAAAAACAGCGAACAAAAGAACUGUCUGCGCUCUUCCACUCGUAUAACCCCUAUGAUCACAAGAUUGGGGAGACGCAGCGUGUGCUCGUCACAGAGGAGUCCUUCGAUACCCAGUACUUCGUGGCCCACAACAAGUACUACGAACAGGUACUGGUGCCCAAGAGGUCGGAGUUCAAGGGGAAGAUGGUUGAGGUGGAGAUCUACGAGGCUGGGAAGCAUUUCCUGAAGGGUAGACCACUGAAGGACUCCCAAGUGUUCAGUCCCUCCCUCUCGAAGCCCCUGCUGAAGGGAGAGGUGUCAGGGCUCACUCAGGAGCCGCAGGUCCUCCUGCAGAAUGGAUCCGCCCUCUCCCAGGGGGUGCUGACCGGGUUCUGGAGCCUGGACCGAGAGGGGCUGAAGCUGCUGUCAAUUGGCCUGGCCGUGGUGGCUGUGAUCGUGGUGUUUGCGUGGGAGAAACUGCACUGAGGCCGGCGUGUCACCUAUGUAGUGCGCUUCUUGUGACCGGUGGGACUUGGAUCGGACUUGGAUCGAACACAACUAUGUCGAACUGCUUACAUGUAUUUAAUACAGGGCACAAAGUGAUUGGAGUGUUUUUAUAUACAUUUUGGACCCUGGUCUAGAUUGGGCCCAUGCUCCUUCUGCUGAGUUCUAGUACCGCUUGUGAGAUGAGGGAGGGAGGAGGAAUCAGACAUGAACAGGGGAGGACAGGCCACUUUGAUUCAUGGUGUUGGAUAUGAAAGUACCUUCAAUUCAAAGUAUUUAUUUCUGACCACAGUGCAACAGUCUCGAGAUGAGGAAGAGUGUAUUUUUAUGACAGUGACUCUGUUUCUCUGUGACGAGCCUUUCCGUGAUUGUUUUAAUUAUUCUGUUUUUCGCUCCUGUUUCUCUAUUUGGGUUCCUACUUUUCUGUUUUCAUUUUGAACUUCGGUACAUGUGUUCUGUGGCCCAAAUCACACCCUGUUCCCUUCCAUGGCGACCUACUUCUGACCAGAGUCCUAAAUGCCCCGGUGUAAAUAAGUGUACUAUUGGGAAUAGGGUUCCGGUUGGGAACGGGCCUGGGGUUUGGAUCUAUUCAUUUAGAUCCCAGCAGAGGUUCAUUCAACCAGGUGACUCUGUCUGGCCCAGAACACUGCCUGAGUCCCCAAUUAUACCCUGCUCAGUGCACUCCAUUUGACCAGGGCCCAUGGUGCUUCUGGUGGCAGGUAGUGUGUUGUGUGGAGGACUCCGUUUGGGCGCUUAGACCGAGUUGUGUGUUGUUCCUCAUCUUUGUUCACAGCAUAAAGCAAAUAAACCUUUAAUAAACCAAAGCUACAUGCAAUCUCCCUGUCUGUCU